AUGGAGCAAUUUUUGCGCGAAAGGUUAACAUUAAGACGAGAAAAGCUAGAAGAAGAUAUAAAAAGCUCGGAAGAGUUAAUAUCGUUAUUUAAAACAGGUAACGCGAUCUCAGAACAAGAUAUUACGAGACUACGACUAAAGCUAAAACAAUCCUUAAGUAACAUCCAAAAUGAUGUGGACAAUUACAUCAAAACAAACUCGGAGGACACAGAAGUGCUGCGUAUAUGUCUCAAGCAACAAGUUAAAGCCGAAGACCAAUUAAUUGAACUUGAUUUAUUAAAUUCACAAGAAAUCAAAAACACAACAACUGUAAAGCUUCCAAAAUUAGAACUAAUGAAGUUUAAUGGAGACAUUCUAAAGUGGACAGAGUUCUGGGACCGGUUCAGAGCGAACGUCCAUUCCCAGAAUCUGAAGGAUUCAGAAAAAUUAGCUUAUCUGCUCAGCUUAGUUCAAGAAGACGCGAGGGACGCCAUUCAAGGCCUAGCAAUAACGAACUCGAAUUACCAAGUAGCGGUUACGACCCUACAAAACCGAUAUGGUAAUGAACAAAAGGUAAUUGACUCUCAUUACGAGGCGCUCAAUAAGAUCAAUCGCUGUGAAUAUACCUCAGAAGAUUGCAGAAAAACUUUGAAUAGUAUUGAAACCCAUUUAAGAGUACUGUCAUCUUUAGGCGAGAAUAUUGAAAGUAAUUUCUUAAGAAGCCUCAUUAUCGAUAAAUUCCCAGAAAAGGUAAUAUAUGAAUUGAACUUGCUCUCAGCCAACGAUCAGACCAUAAUGAGUAUAAGAAGUACUUUGGAUGCCAUUGUGGUAGCAUUAGAAUAG